AUGGGCGAGGCCGGCGCGGAGGCCGCGGAGGCCGGCCAGGUCUCGCCGUGCGCGCCACGGGCGGCCCUGGCGCCGCCCGGGCUGGCACCUCGGAGCGCUGCGCAGAGCGCCGCCGUGCUGCUGGAGGCCGCGCGACGGGUCGCGGCGCUGGCCCUCGUGGACGCCUCCCUCGCCGUGCCCAGGGCCCGGCCGCUGUGCGACGCGGCGCUCGGCGCGCUGGCCCUGAGGCCGUCCAGCGGUGGUCCCUUCGUGUACUACCGGCCCAGCCGCCGGGCGUCGGCGCUCCUCGUGCUGUGCCACCCCUCGGGCGGGCCGUCGCUGUGCCGCAGCCUGGCGGGCUUGUGGGAGGAGUGCCUGCGCGAGGCCGGGGUGGAGGUGCGCAGGCUGGAGCUGGGAGGGCCGGAGCACUUCGGCCUGGAGAGCACCGCGGAGCUGCAGGCCGCCCUGACGGGCCGGAGCGCCGAGGGGGCAGCCUCGGACAGGGUGCGGGAGCUGCAGGCCCAGCUGGAGGAGAGCCGGUUCCUGAUCUUCGUGCACCCCAUCUUCUGGUUCGACGUGCCCUCGCAGCUGAAGGGCUUCCAGGAGAGCGUGCUCAGCAGCGGGUUCGCCUUCCGCAAGCUCCCCGGCCACUGGCUCCUCAACCGUGCCGCAGGCGUGGUCGAGAGGCUGCCGGUGGUGCGCGGGGUUAUGCGCCGCUACGCAGCGUACGGCAUGCUGCGCGACAAGCAUGUCUUCGUGACCCGGACUCAAGGGGGCCCGAGCGCAGGCAUGGGGAUCUUCGGCCACCAGGCCACCUCCCUGGAGAGCUCGCUGCAGUUCUGCGGGGCGCACCUGGACGCCGUGGACACGGUUGCGGAGGUUGACGACACCGCCGAGGAGGCCAUGGCGGGCCGCGUGUUGCCGGCCGCUCGGCGGCGCAUGCAGGAGCACUGCCGCGUCAUGGCGUCGUUCGCCGCGGAAGCCGCAGGCUGCGCGGCCAAGUGA